UUGCAUGAGGCUCAUUUCAUCUCAGUAUCGAGUAGAAUAGAUUUGAUUAAUGUUUAAAAGCUUUUAUUGUUCAACGAUUCUUCAUUUAUAACUUUAUUUACAGUAAAUUUUUUCUAGUCAUUUAUCGAAAUGUUUUUGAUCUCAUUACUUUCAAACAAUUUCAUUUCAUCUAAACUUAUUUAUAACAUAUCAACUGGACUCAUCGCAUUCUGGUGUGUAACUUAUUUGAUACCAACAAUCAAGCGUUUAUUGACCUUACCACCUGGACCAUGGGGAUUGCCUAUCGUUGGAUACCUGCCUUUUUUGGAGAAAAAUAAUGAAUAUAAAGUUCUUGACCGAUUAGCAAAGAAAUAUGGACCCGUUUAUAGUUUGAAUUUGGGUAAAGAUACGGCUGUAAUUGUAAAUGAUUGGAAUCAUGCUAAAGAAGUGUUUAAAAAUGAUGAGCUACUGGCUCGACCAGGACGUUUUGCGAAGAAUAAAUUCGGAGUGUCCAUCGUUGAAAUGUCUGGUGAACCGUGGCGGGUUCAUAGACAAAACACAGUACACCUUCUUCGUGAUCUUGGUCUUGGUAAAUCUUCAUUCGAUGAUAAAAUUAUUGAAGAGAUUCAACAAUUCUUGCCUAAACUGGAGAAAGGUCCGGUUAAAAAUGUGUUUAAAACCUUUCUAUCAACAGCUACAAACACUAUUUCCAUCUUGUUGCUUGGUCAUGGAUUUGAGGACGACGAUGAUCCUGUGAAACAGACUCUUGUUGAUGCUUUAAUGAUUACUUCACAAUCGGGAUCUCAGUUUAGUUUUUUUUCAUCAGGAUUACAUCCAAAGAUUAACAGAUUGCUGAUGAAGCCGACUGAGUUAACAAAUGAAGAAGCUAAAAUGUUUGAAUCAACAAGAGCUCUUCCAAAGUACAUGCAAAAUGAAAUUGAUCAACAUAAGAAGAAGCAAUCAAAAGAGUUUGACGAUUAUAUUGAUGGUUAUUUAGAGGAGCAAAAGAAGCGGAAAAAUAAUGAUUCGAAUGGUAAUGUGCCUUUCGAUGAAGAAACUUUACGAUCAAAUGUAGUUGCUUUUUACGUAGCAGGAAGCGAAACUGUCUCGACGACACUUACAUGGGCUAUUCUUUAUUUGAUUAAGUAUCCUGAAUAUUAUGAGAAAAUACGAGCUGAAAUCUCGGAUGUAAUUGGCUUUGAAAGGUUACCAGACUAUUCGGAUAGAAACCAGAUGCCAAUGACAAUGUCUUUCAUCUAUGAAGUCCAUCGAGCCGCUACGAUUGUUCCAGCUAAUUUAUUCCGAGCUGCUUCUCGUGAUCUAAAAAUUGGCAAUUUCAAUGUACCUAAAGAUUCCACUGUUAUUUUAAACUUCUGGACUAUUAACCGUGACCCUUCUUUGUACAUAAAACCAGAUGAAUUUGAUCCCAGUCGAUUCUUAACCGAUAAUGGAACCAAAGCAGUCAAGCCUCAAUUCUUGACUCCAUUCAGUAAAGGCAAAAGAGGUUGUCCUGGAGAGGGUUUUGCCAAUAUUGAAAUAUUUUUAUAUCUAGUCAGUAUUGUUCAAAGAUACAAGAUUGAAUGUGAACCUGGAUCAAUAUUAUCGUUUGAAGCGGAUUAUACAACAAUUAGAAGGCCAAAAUCAAUUCCACCGUUAAUCUUUACCAAAGUAUCAGAAAAAAACUAAGUUUUAUAUUUGAUUGACUCGUCAAUAUUAAUUUAAUAUCAAUGUAAAUGACUGUUGAUGAGUGUUGAAGCGACUAAGAACGAAAUUCAUUGAACGCAUCAAAUUUGUUUUGAUUCUGAUUUUAAUUUCUCUUUAUUUAUUAUAGACAGUCAAAAAUUGUGUAAUAUUUUUAAUGAAUAAACCGAUUCAUUCAAUGAGGUAACUUUUUUAUGAUGAAGGAAAUACUCAUGUGCUGCUCAACGCGAAAAGUGUAAUGAUGAUUUUGUUUAUUUUGUUACAGAAAAAUC